AUGACUAGCAAAUAACCUAUAGAAAAUGAUUAUUUAUCUUUAAAAGUAUACAAAUGCACUAAAAAUUUAGAGGAAGAACACAUGAAAGAAAUUUUUAGUUAAUUUGGAACAGUAGUUGCAGUAAAGAGAGUUAUUAAGCCAGAAACUGGAAUGAAAGAUUAAAUUAUGUAUGUGUAAUUUGACAGAUGGUAAGGAAUGGAACAAGCGUACUGUCACUUAAACCACUCAUAUAUAGAUGGAUAGAAAAUAACUAUUGAAUUUGUAUCAGAAGAUUAUGAUAAGAUUAACCAAUUAGAUAAAGAGUAACACAAGAAUUACUAAUAAUAAAAGUAACAGAACUAUAACUAAUAAUACGAUAAUCAAAAUGAUCGCUACAAAUAGGAUAACUAUAACGAUAGAGGCUACAAUAACUAUGAUUAUGAUGAAAAGAGAGAUAGUAAAGACUAUUCUUCUAAGAGAAACGACAAAGACAACUACUACUAUUAAUCUCAUCCUGAUAGAAGAUCUGAUGAUAAUAGAAGUUAUGAUAAAAAUGAUAAGUAUUAUGAUUAAAAGAAUAAUAGAGAUAAUUCUUAAGGUUAUAGAUAAAACUCCAAUUAUGAUAAUAAUAGAUAUGAUACUAAUAGAAAUAGAGCAAAUUCACCCUAUAACUAAAGAUAUUAAAGAGAUUAUAACAACAACAACAAUGGCAAUUAUAACCAAAUGAAUAAUUACAAUGAUGAUGGAAGAAAUAAUAAUCGUAGCAAUAACGAAGAUAGAGAUAGAAGAUAUUCAAAUAAUGCAUACAACAAUAACUAUGAUAAUGGAAGCUCAAACAAUAAAUAAAAUUAUGAUCGUUAAAAUUACUCUAAGAAUAACAAUGGCUAUAAUAAAGGCAGAAACUAUGAUAACUAUUCCAAUCAUUAUAACAACAACAAAAAUGAAUCAAGAAGCAGAAGUAGAGAUAAUCAAUAUAAAAACUACAAUUAGAAGAAAUACUAAAAAGAUAAUAAGUCUCAUAAUCAUAAUAAGUCUCGUUCUAUUUCUAGUAGCAAAUCGUACGCCUAAUCUCCAUAUAAUAAAUGA